UUUUUCCGGAAAUUGCCGAAGCUGCCCGGAGACUGCUCCUCGCAGCAAAAGAGAUAUAAUUAGCCAAAGGCCCCCUUUUCCCCACCUGUGGUGCAGGCAGGGACCAGUGGGGCAAACCCGGAGCGCGGUGAGUGCGCGCCCCCGAGAUCUCCUUUGUUGGCGGGCUGGUCCCUUUGCCUUGGGCCGCCAGGGAGGAAGUGAUAAGUGGCCGAAUUUUGGCGCCAGCACCGAGACGCCGCCAGCCGGGCCCAAGAUCGAGCGAGAAGGGCAGACCCCCCGGUAGCCAGCUCCGCGCACAGCGGCCCCGCAACAAAGGUAAAAGCUCUGCAAGUCUGCAAUAAAAAUGGCCUCCAAUAAAACUACAUUGGUUUCUAACCAGGAGUCUGAAGUUGGUGGCAUUUGGGAAGGACUAAUUAGGAAAAGGAUCCUCAAGGAUUAUCACAAAAUGGGAAAGAAACAGAAUGGCAAAGGUAAAAAAGUUGAAGAAGCAGAGCCUGAAGAAUUUGUUGUGGAGAAAGUCCUGGACAGACGUGUAGUGAAUGGGAAGGUUGAAUACUUCUUGAAAUGGAAAGGAUUUACAGAUGCUGACAACACAUGGGAGCCCGAAGAAAACUUAGAUUGUCCAGAGUUAAUCGAAGCCUUUCUGAACUCCCAGAAAGCUGGUAAAGAAAAAACAGAUGGUGGGAAAAGAAAAUCUUUAUCAGAUAGUGAAUCUGAUGACAGUAAAUCAAAGAAAAAGAGGGAUUCUGUUGAUAAACCAAGGGGGUUUGCAAGAGGUCUUGAUCCUGAGCGGAUAAUUGGAGCCACAGAUAGCAGCGGAGAACUUAUGUUUCUCAUGAAAUGGAAAGACUCGGAUGAGGCAGACUUGGUGCUGGCCAAAGAAGCUAACAUGAAAUGUCCUCAGAUUGUAAUUGCUUUUUAUGAAGAGCGACUAACUUGGCAUUCGUGUCCGGAAGAUGAAGCACAAUAAUCAUUUGCAUUGCUUUUUUUAUAUAUAUAUGAAUAUGAAAACCUGGAUUUUGAUUUUAUUCUUUGAUUUAUUAGCAAUGUGAGGAAAACCUCUACAUUCUAAUGAGAAUUGAGUUUGAUAUGUUUGUUUUUUGAAGUAGUGUGUUUUGCAUCAACAGCAAGUAAAUAAAGGCUUUCUGCAACUUGCUUCAUUAAUGACAGGACAGCAUUUGAUACUAUUUCCUCCAUAUUAGGUAAAGGCUUUUAUAAACCUUCAUGAUCCUCCAUAGUUAUUACUGAAUCAUAACAAAUGUUUAAACAAACUCACAGAUGUUUUAUAGUCUUCUAUGCUAUUGAUGUGCAUGUAUCUUCUUUACCCCAACCUAGCCCCAUAACAUGUAGAACCAUUCUUUUUAGUAUUUGAGGUAAUGUAGUCCCAAAGAGGCCAGGUAAGAACUAACUUUGUAGUAAAUUGAAUGUUAUCAUACUGUAUAUUGUUUACUUUAUUGUAAAUACUGGUGAACAGUGGUCAAUAAAAUAGUUUUAUAUUCUUCCUUUA